AUGCAGGAGAACACGAAUAUCAACGGCGCCCAUGACGGCAACAGUGACUCUAACGGCGUCACUGGAUCCUGCCAGCUGCGCGUCGCCAUCAUCGGCGGCGGCAUUGUCGGUGUGGCAAUGGCCCUCGGGCUCCUGCGGCGCAACAUGGCCGUUCGACUGUAUGAGCAGGCUGGAAACUUUCGCGAGAUCGGGGCGGGCGUGGCCUUUACGACCAACGCGCAGACGUGCAUGGCGCUGCUGAGCCCGGACAUCCUGGCUGCCAUGAAGGCAGUAUCGACCAAGAACGAAAGCCCAUACUACACCUAUGUAGACGGAUACAGGUGCGGGCCCGACCAGACGGACGACGAUAACGACAUGAGGGAGACGCAGCUGUACCAGCUGCAUGCUGGGACGACGGGCUUCGACGCCUGCCACCGCGCACACUUUCUCGACGAGAUGGUCAAGCACAUGCCCGAGGGUGUGGUGGCGUUCAGGAAGCGCUUUGAAACGUACGCUUUCGAUGAAGACCUGGAAGAGUUCACCCUGCGUUUCGAGGAUGGCUCGACAGCCACCGCCGAUGUUGUCAUCGGCUGCGACGGCAUCAAGUCGCGCGUCCGCCAAGUGCUCUUAGGCGAGGAUAACCCGGCCUCGUACCCGGGUUUUGCACACCAGGUCGCCUUCCGCGGCCUUGUCAGCAUGGAACGGGCCGUGGCGACGCUGGGCAAAGACAAAGCGCACAACCAGUGCAUGCAUACGGGCCCGGGCGCGCAUCUGCUGAACUUUCCUGUGGCACAGCACACGCUAAUGAACGUGGUGGCGUUUGCGCCGGCGCCCGGGGACUGGGUCCAUGAGCGGAUGGUGGCGCCGGCGGGCGAGGACGAAUUACCCGCGGCCUUUGCCGGCUGGCGGCCCGCAGUUCGUGCCAUCGUCGGCCUUCUUCAGGAACUUGAGGAGGGGCGGCUGGACAAGUGGGCGAUUUUCGACACGUACGAGCACCCGGCGCCGACGUACGCCUCGGGCGGCGUAUGUAUCGCCGGUGAUGCCGCCCACGCGACGUCGCCGCAUCACGGCGCCGGCGCCGGCAUGGGCAUCGAAGACGCGCUCGCGCUGGCCACGGUGCUGGACUUGGCCGCGAAGACGAUGCAGGGCGGCGACGGGUCGAAGACAAAGCGCGCUACGGUUGCCGCCGCCUUGGCUGCGUACGACGCUGUUCGGCGGGAGCGCACGCAAUGGCUGGUCCGCAGCUCGCGCGAGGUGUCCAAGACGCAGCAGGUUGGAUGUCAAGUGUUGAGCCACCAGCCCCAAGACGGUAUCAGCGAAGUCAUCAUCGUAAAAUGCCCGGUUGAAGGCUAG